AAAAGCAAGGACAAAAGGACACUGAGGAGAGGAGGGGAAGGGGGGGGGUUAGUCACAUGGUACUGAGAUUCUGGUCAUCCUCGCACAUUACAUGGGCCUUAGCCUAGGAAAAAAGUAGAAAUAUACAUAAUUAAUUUCCCAGCACUACAAUUGCAUGGAAUGAAAGUGAAAUUGAUAAGUUAGAAGUGGGCCAGAACAAAGUAGCAAGGAUGGCACUGAGUGCACCGAGGUGCACAGCAGUUGAAGCCUUGAGAGGUGACAUGGGAUGGAGCACCUUCAGAGAAAGACUGACAAAAGCCACACUUAGGUACAAGAUUAGGCUUGAGAGAAUGGAUGAUGCAAGAAUAGCAAGGAAGGUGUACCUGUGGAAUGAAAGUGGAAGCAAAUGGAGGAAGAGAUGCAUGAGAAUGACAGACAGGAAUGGAUUGCAAGUUUUGUGGGCGAUAAGAAUGGCUGGGAGGAAUCAAAAUGAGCGUGAAUGGGUGGUAACAAGAGGAGGAAGAGUGGGAGCCGAAUGGGAUGUGAGAAAAUGGAAGAAUGAGAUAGACAAAGAAGUGAAAUGUGUGGGACUGAAUGAAUGGAAGAAUGAGAUGGAAAGAAAGAAGACCCUGGAAUGGUACAAGGAGAAAGAGGCCCCGAGGUAUGAAAGGUGGUAUGAUGGAAGCCUGGGCGGUGAUCUUCUCUUCCGAGCGAGGGCACAGUGUAUGGAUGUGAAUGCAAGGAGUUACAGGUGGUCUUGAGUCCCACAGCAAAGUGUGCCAGAUGUGUGACAUGGGAGAGGAUGAGACGGUGGAACAUGUGGUGCUGGAGUGUGUGCAGUAUGCCAGAGACAGGAAUGAGAUGAUGUAAGUGAUACUGACUGAGUUAGGGCAUGAUAGGAAUGAAAGAGUGGAGAAGACAGGAAAGGAAUGGAUGGUGUUGUUGCUGGGACUGUGUAGAGAGGCGAAUGAAAGGAUGAUUGAGGCGGUGAAAGAGUUUCUGGAGAGAAUGUGGCGUGCCAGGUGUAUGAACAAUUAGGAUAGAGGAUGCUGUUCGUUUCUCUUUUUUUUUUCCCCCUUUCUACAGGAGUUGCCGAUCCAAAGGCCUGGCUCAGGAGUGAUCCUGUGCCACCUGUACCAUCAAGAUCAAGAUCGAGCUUGGCCUCAGCUGAGUCAGCCAGUUGUCAGUUUGUUUACAUCCAAAGAAGAGGGAGAUGGCAGACACACAGUGGUCUUCUAGGAAAGCCUCAGGAACACACUGGUGGUCGAGUGCCACAAAAUAAGAAAGCAGAGCCAAGAAAUGCGUGAAGGAAGGCAGGAGAGUGACCGAAGAGGCGACUCAGAGCGUGCAGUAACUCAGGAACACCAGCAGACCUCCUGCCUGGCUGCCACCACCGCGGCCAGCCCCCAGACGCCCCACCACGCCAGCAGGGGCCUCUCCGGCACGGGACAGUCUGAUCGGCUGACCGUCACUGGUGCCAGGCAGAGUCCAGGCUGCACGCCCUGCUCGUCGCCAACCAAUCUUGUUGUGUCCAUGGCGUGUGCUGGUGGGAGUGGUGCUGUGGUGGAGGUCGUGAGGCCGGGCAGCAGCAUGAGUGGCCAGCAGCAGCAGCAGCAGCAGCAGCCAGCCUCAGGUGUGGAGAGGCGCAGGCAUGGUGGCAAGAAUCACCUGGAGGCAGGCAGCUCUGUCCACAGAGGAGAGAGCAAGUUUGAGUGCCAGCAGUGUGACAAAACUUUUGUAUCCAGACAAGGCCUUGACUACCACACCCUGACACACAGUGGUGUUAGAAAAUAUGAGUGUGGCGAGUGUGGGAGGAAGUUUUCCCUCACCUCACACACUGUGAUACACAGUGGUGCUAGAAAUCAUGAGUGUAAUGAGUGUGGCAGGAAAUUUAUCAGUAAGUCUAACCUCACCAGACACAGUCUGACACACAGUGGUGUUAGAAACUAUGAGUGUGAUGAGUGUGGCAGGAAAUUUACCAGAAAGUCUAUCCUCACCAGACACACCAUGACACACAGUGGUGUUAGAAAUUAUGAGUGUGCUGAGUGUGGGAAGAAAUUUACCAGAAAGUCUCACCUCACCACACACACCCUGAUACACAGUGGUGUUAGAAAUUAUGAGUGUUAUGAGUGUGGGAGGAAAUUUAUUUCAAAAUCUGACCUCACUGCACACAUCCUGACACACAGUGGUAUUAGAAAUUAUGAGUGUGACAAGUGUGGCAGGAAGUUUACUAGAAAGUCUCACCUCACCAGACACACCGUGACACACAUUGGUGUUAGAAAUUAUGAGUGUGAUGAGUGUGGCAAAAGAUUUGGCACCACAUAUCAUCUCAAUCAACACGUCUUCAGACACACUGGCUUGAGAGAGUUUAAGUGUGAUGUUUGUGGCAAGUGUUUCAAGACAAAGGGUGAUAUUGCCCACCACAUGAGGAUCCACUUCUGAGGUGGUGUGUUGUGUGUGGAUGUGUGGGGCCACACCCAUGCCUGUGGUGGUGGCGGUGGUGGUGGUGUGAGGGAGUAACAGCCCCAGCAGUUGUUUUGUUGGCAGUGCAGGUGUGACCUUCAAUAAAUGUGUGUGUCUAACAUAA